GACAGAAAUUGUUAGUAUUUCAACAAAGUGAUCACAGUAUCAGGCUUGGGCAAUUUUCUCCCAAGCUGAGUUGAAAUAUUCCUUAAUGCAUCUGUCAUAGUUAGGGUUUUACUGCUGUGAACAGACCAUGACCAAGGCAACUCUUAUAAGGACAACAUUUAGUUGGGGUUGGCUUAUAGGUUCAGAGGUUCAGUCCACUAUCAUCAAGGCGGGAGAGCAUGGCAGCAUCCAGUCAGGCCUGGUGCAGGAGUUGCUGAGAGUUCCACAUCUUCAUCUGAAGGCUGCUAGCAGAGUACUGGCCUCCAGGCAGCUAGGACUAGGGUCUUAAAGCCCACACUCACAGUGCCACGCCUACUCCAACAAGGCCACACCUCCUAAUAGUGAGCUUCUUUGAGGCAGCGUUCUUCAAGACUUGCAUUUUAACUUAGGUUAUUUCUUUCCUGUCCAACAGUCCAGCAUGGCGUGAGUCUGGUUAGGCUGCUGCAACUUUCCUUGUGGCAGAAUCUACUUUGUAGAAGAUGGAGAGUGGGCAUUGCUUUGCUAUUUAUUUAUACAGGUUCAUUCCACUGGGGCUGGAGAGAUGGAUGGCUCAGUUGGUAAAACACUGGCCACUAAGCCUGAUGACUUGAAUUUAGCACUUGGAACUCGCGUGUUGGAAGGAGAGAACCACCUCCUGCGAGUUGCCUCUGCCUGUGCACAUGCACUGUGGAACAUGCGUGUGCAAGCACAAAAUAAAUACAAAUAGGACUGGAGUGAAAAUUUAAAAUUCCCACUUUGAUUUUGCAUAUUAUAUUCUUAUCCACUUCAAUAUUAAACUGGAGGAGGUUAAUCUGUUUCGAGUAUCUCGGUGGUUUUUCUUAGGUUUAACACUGAUGCCUUAAGGCUGUAAAUUACUUUGAGAUAUACUAUAUGCCUAGACUGUUGUGUAAAGUAAAGGUAAGAUUUUCUGACUGCCCACACAAAAUUCCAGCAGCAAAGGAGUUAGCACUGCAAUGCUUAUCUAGAAGAAGGCAUUUUUUCCAGCUGCGUUGCUAACAAAGGCUCCGAGGGAGCAACUAGACAAACAUCUACAGUUUUCCUUGCAAAAAUAAUUUAUUGUUAAGAAAAGUAGAUAGACUGGAGGAUGGAGAUAAGGAUCUCCAGCCUCCAGAUGACAGAGAGUGGAAGCAAUUAUACCCUGGGCAUUUUGCAAUUAUAUCUGAAAAGUCCUUAUUUAAUGACAAGAUAAUGCCUGUCUCAAGACUUCCCUGAAAACUCCAUUUCUCUAACCUUUUCCUGGCUGCAGCUAAGUCACAUGCAUGCGUCUCCAGGCCUUAAAUGGAGGCUCCCAAAUGUGUUUUCAAAUAUUAGUGCUUCUCAAAUGAUGAACUUUAUCUGGUCCCUUUGUGCUACACUGAGAAAAAUGAUCCCCCAUGCAUCUUCUAUCCCUGGCAUUGGCGAAGGUACAGGAAUUUGAGGCUCAUACUUACUUGGUCAUCAUAUCUUUUUUUUUCUUCAUUUCAUUUCUUUUAUACCAAGUCCAUUUUUUAUCUCUUCAUUUUGCAGUAAUAGAAGAAGCCUUAACAGGCGCAAGAUUACAUAUUUAUAUCAGGGUUCAGACUGUGAAUUCAUUCUUUUCUGGGGAAGCAGAAAGAUCAUGUAAAAAUGGUGACCACAUGUUGACAGAAUGCAUGAUUUAACAAAACCAAAGGCAAUCAUUUCAAAGAAAAAUGUUUUAUUUUCUGCCAGCAGAGUAUAAUGGAGAGAAAUUGGCUGGUAUUAUUUUAAAAAAUUGCCCAAAUCACUGUAGUUAGUGUAAAAUUGUCUCUGGAACUAUUUCCUGUAAGUUAACCAGACAUAUGAUUGUAUCCUUUCUAUUUGAAUACUGAGGCUCACAUUUCAACUGUCUUGCAUGGAGCCAUCAGGUAUAAUAGCUCUCUGUAAAGGUGCUUCCGUUCCUUUUGUAGUUUUUUCCAUCUAAGCUUCCACCUCCCCUCACCCCAAACACAGAAAGAAGACUGAGAGUUUGUGGCUCCUUAGAACUUUAUGCUACAUGCUAUUGGCGACCAAAUCAAAGUCCUAAUUAAGCUGUUAGGCUCCAAGCCAGUGAGAGGCUGAGUGCAAUUAAGGUGAGCAUUGUUUCAGUAUUAAAAACCCUCCACCCAUUGCCAUUUGGAGAAGGUUCUCUUUUCUAUUUAAUGAACAUGGUUCACAAGGCUUGUUGCCUUUUCCCUGAUAGUCAAAGUGAUUCCAGACAUCGCUUACCAGCCCUGCUUAUGUUGUUUGCUGGUCUAGUGUGCAUGGAUAAGAGGGAAUCAGACGUAUGUGUCAAUGUAAGGACUAAUGCAGUUGGUUAUGGUUUCAGUAACCAUACAUUCACUUACCUCUAAGUAGUACUACCAGGGCAAGUUACUUACUGGAAUACAGGCCAUCAGAUGCUGGGGUGGCUUGUGAUGGUUUCAAAGGCCCAGGACAUGUUUGAGAGGUGGGAGGGUGGCUGCAUUCAGGUCAGUUACAGAUCAGAUUGCACGUGAGACUUAAGCGUGUUUUGGGAGAACCUUGCUAGUAGCUGUGCAAGCGAAUUAGAAGAUACUAUGAGCAUUGCUUAACCUUGGGGACAGGUGAAAGUGUUGCAUUCAUGCCCCCAGUGCCGAGAGUCCUGGAGCUCAUGAGCCAGGGCAGAAUUAUGAUCUGGAUCGAGCCCAGCCGCUGAUUGCUCACCCUACAUGUUUAGCAUUCUCUGGAAGUCUUCCGUCAUCUAUACAUAGAUGGCAAGUAGAUAUUCUUUAAAAAUGCAAGCAAAGCCACCAUCUGAAGCUCUCCUUUCCACCAAUAAAAGAUUGAUACUCAAAACUGAGCUCUGCCUCUCUGAUAAGCAAAGGCAUUUUUAGCUCUGGCAUUUGCCACUUACUGUUAACUAAAUGUUACUACUUUGUGUUCGGCCUGGUCAGUGAUGGAGAAGACCUGGGCUUUUGAGUACUGCAUUCUUAAACAGAAGUUUAGUGGGACCAGCUUUCAUUCAUGCUCCAGACUUGAGUUUAACAGUCAUGCAGUCUCACCACAGACUGCACAUUUGCUCACUGGACACAUUAGAGAUGUAGGAGAUGACACCAUGCUGGAUGGGAGGGUUUGCACCACUUAAAGUAGGGAAGUGGGCAACGCCUUCUAGUCACAGCAGACACAGCCCUCAGUGCAUGGGAGUUACAUAGCAGAAGCUCAAGUGAAAAGGGAGCCCUCAAGUUGAAAGAUACCCCAGGGAGCAACCCAUUUAUUUUAAGGUCAUUAAAUAGAGCUGGGUAAAUUAAAUAUGUACUAAUGCUACAAUGUGAUCUACCAUCUGAUUAUAUAGGGUAGAGUUAGAGUAUAGUGAGUAACUGUGACACACACACACACACACACACACACACACACACACACACACACGCACACACUGAAGCCUUCUUGUGCAGUAGACGUACCUCAUGAACUCUCGAGAGGAUCUUCCAAUAUCUUUAGUGUGCACUUGCUGACGUUUUAAUGCAAGGUCCAUCCAGGACCUUCUGUAUACAGCGUGGACUAAGACAGAUUUGUCUUGAGCGGCUCUAUUGGCCUUCUCCUACCUAGGACUGCAAGUGCCCUGACCACGAGAAAGAAGAAAACUCUUCUGCUUUGUGAGCGGUAGACUUCUUAGUACUGCCAUUUGUCUGUACCCUCUGUGGCCCACACAUGACAGAUUUACCUUCAGACCUAUGCUUUGAAAGUGCCCGGAGCACUGGCUCUCUGUGGACUGUGUAUGCUACAGAUUUGUGCUGUCCCAAGGAGGCCACAACAUCUGGUGAGUUGUGCGAAAGUUGGAGAUAGGAAGUCUUUCUAUCCUUGCAUUUUUGUAGUAUAUGUAGUAUAGAAGAUGCUAGGCCCAAUUUUGUAUUAAAAUCUAAAUCUUUGUUGAACACGCUGUGGCACAUGAAGGCUUAUAGAAACCAAUGGAAUAAUUCAAACUUCCCCUUUUCCACAUAUCAUCUCUCACAAAUGCUAUAGAGAUUUUUUCCAAGUUAGUUGUGCUUAUGUAGUGAAGAAUGUGAGGUUAUUUCCUGCAUAGGAUCAGCCUGAUUUUUUAAAUUUAAUUUUUAAUUUUUUAAUCUUUUUUUUAUACAUUUAUUUAUUUUACAUCCUGGUCACUGUCCCCUUCCAGGACAUUCCCUCCCACAAUCCUUCCCUCCAUCCCCCUCCUCUUCUCGUAGCAGGUGGGGGCCCCUUGGGUACCCCUCACACCCUGGCACAUCAAGUCUCUGGGAGACUAGGCACUUACUCUCCCACUGAGGCCAGACAAGGCAGCCCAGCUAGAAGAACACAUCCCACACACAGGCAACAGCUUUUGCAAUAGCUCCUGUCCCAGUUGUUCAGGAUCCAAAUGAAGACCAAGCUGCACAUCUGCUACCUAUGUGCAGGGAAGCCUAGGUCCAGCCUGAAUAUGUUCUUCUCUGACCAUAAUCAUUGUUCAAAUAUAGAUGUUGAUAACAACACAUCAAGAGUGAUUUUUUUAAUGUCUCAAAAACCUUCUAAAUGAAGCUUAUAUUCUUGUAUUGAAUUCAUAGUGAACAAAUCACUUGCUCUUUGCCUUAUCAAUUUUAUAAUGCCAUUACAGUCUGUCAGUAAAGUUACAGCCUAAAGUUGGGCAGACACUAUUUCUUGAUUAUAGCGCAAGUGGAAGGCAACAAACCGUAACGUGUGUGUGUGUGUGUGUGUGUGUGUGUGUGUGUGUGUUCAUGUGUGUAUGUGCCCAUGUGUAUGUCUAUCCAUAUGUGUGUGUCCAUGUGUAUCUCUCUCUUAGAGUUUUCUUUUUUGCAAACUGAGAGCUACUUUACAGUCAGUCCUGGGAACCACAGAUCACAAACAGGGAAGACGCCUACAUAAGAAUGUUGCUCCUACUCUUGCCUGCUGGGAAUCAAAUUGACUAGAAGUGUGCCAUUCUGAUCAACCCAUAAAGCAGCAGAUGGCAGCGGACAUCAUGGCUCUCUAUCCACCUGAGCUGUCAGCUUCCAUGCCAGGGGAACGAGAUACUAUCAGUGAGCGAGCCUGGUCGGUUGGGAGGAAGUGAGAAUGCUCCAGGUGCCCCUGGAGGGGAACUUGAUGGCUAUAAAAUGCACGCCAAAGUAAAAACAAACCGGGAGGAUGUCAGAACACACAGUAGAAGCAGAAGGAGGUUAGUUGUGGGCAAACAGCGGUUCUGCAGCUCAUCUUGCCUUGCAGAAAGUGUCCCUGCCUAAUGUCCUAAUCAGGGACAGUUAGCAUUUCACCUCAAGCCCUCUGAGGGUUUCCUGCCAUCUCCAUCCCCUUGCUCUAUAAUUUCUUUGCCAUUCUCCCUUGGAGUACUGACUCUGUCCUUCCUUUUGACAUUCUGAUGAGACACAUGCAAAUACAGCAAAUAUGAACAUCCAGGAGUCUCCUAUAGAUAGAGGUUUCUCUCCUGCCCCUACGAUCACGGCUCCGUCCAGCACAUGAAAGGACUGAUUGCGGUUUGGAAGUCUGAAUAUGACCAUAUGUAAUUACUGGCAGGGUACACAGUUUCUAGAUUCCUCUGUCCUAUCCCUUACACUGUUUGCCUGAGCUUUUGUGAUGCUAACUCUGACUCCCUCUGGAGAGUAGGGAGGUCAGGGGUUAUGCUUUGAAAGUGUACAUAUUCCUGUCGAGGAAGCAUUUAUGGAGAUGAAAGUUUGCAGUGUGUAUCUCUGUUUCUAUCCUCCAUUUCCCUGUACCUCCUAUCCCUUUCCUUCUAUUAAUGUCAUUUCUUGGACUGAUUUGCGGGUAGGUUUAAUUUCCAUAGUGCCAUUACUGGAUGUGUUGUUUACUAUUUAUAAUCAUGACUUUUAAGGACAUUCAGAUCAUCAGCGGCAUAAUCAUCAUUCAACAAAUACUUAAGGAAGUUGUCUGUGUGCACACGGCACUGUCUCAACAUUGUUAUUGCACUAAUAAAAACACAGUCGUGCUUAGCGUGUGCUUCUGAGGCAUCGAGUGGCAAUAUGUUCUGUUGGGAGGCUGCCCUCUUAUUGCCCAUUAAACUUCCUUGCAAGUCCAAUCCCAAAGCCUCCUCAGAGAAUCAAGGCCGCUCUUAGGAACUUUUGACUUUGAAAUCUGGAUAGGAGCCUCCAUCAUUCUACAACCUUGCAUUCUGCCUGCCUAUGAGAUCAGCACCAAAGAGGAUGAUGCCAAGGUCAGCCAAGCACUGGAGCAGUAACCAGAGCAACUCAGUGCUACCUCAGAGUGCCUGAGAAACUGAGCAUGGUAAAAUGAACUAUGGACAAAUAACUUCCUGUGCCACAGUAUGAGUAGCAUCAUGAUUCUGUCAAGGGAGGGUUUUUUAAAUGAUUUAAAAUUAUUGUAUUCUUGAACCUACGAUGGCUGGUACUUGAUCCACCCUCAGGCAUCGUUUCUUUUCUUGGUGUCAAGUACUUGGCUUUUCUUUAAUGGCACUAGUCUUAAUAACCAUACUUUCCCUGCAAAACCCAGCUUUUCACCUCACCUCUAUUUUAGCCAAACUAUACAUUCUUACAACGUUUACAUUUUUUCUUUUGCUCACAGUUCUCACUAAGAACUUGGAUAAAAGCUGCCAGAGGACUGUGUGGUAGUCUUCAUUGUCUAUAAUCACAUACGCAUUCCGGUUUCCAGAAUCCUUACUAGAACUGCCCACUAAGUUCUACCGACAGCAUCCCUGGGAUUCACAAAUUCACAUCUCUAAAUGUUUCCAAACUCCUCCCACACAUCCGGUCCAAAUCUCCUGAACCAUGUUGUCAGGAAUAGUUGCAGAUGUCCCACAUACACAACACUUCCCAGGUGCUAAUUAUUUGCAUUAAUCUGCUUUCUCACAAAACACUAACUGAGUGAAGAUCUGUUUGGGUUCAUAGCUUCAGAGCAAUGAGACCGUGGUUUGCUGGUUCCUUGGUUUCUAGGCCUGUGGUAAAGUGGAUUGUCAGGACAGAAGGGCAACACUGGGUCAGAGCUGCUCAUCGCAGCAUAGUCAGGAAGCAGAGAGGAAAACAAGAAGGGACCAGGAACAAAAUCACUUCCAAUGGUAUGUCUCCAGUGACCCAUUCAUUCCAGCCAGGUCCCAUCUCCUAAAGUUGUCACCACCUUCACCUCUUGGAGAUCAAGUCUUUAAUGCACAAGGCUAUGGCAAACAUUUAUAUUCAAUACCUAACACUGGGAAAAUAGAAACAGAAACUGACUCUUAGAGAAAAUGAUCAUACGUCACCAGGGUUUCUGUCCCCUUCCCCCAGACUAACUUAGAUUCUCUUAAUUUUCCUUCAUUGUUAUGCCCCUUUCCCGCGUGAUCAGAAUUUGUUGUUAUUGUUGUUUAUUUUUGUUGUUGUUGUUGUUUUGAGACAGCGCUUCUCUGUGUAGUCCUGGAACUUACUCAGUACACCAAACUGGCCUCAAACUCAGACAUCUGCCAGCCUCUCAAGUGCUGGGAUUAAAGGUGUGCUACCACUACCCAGCAACCAUUUGAUCAAUUUUUACCUUACGUUGGAAACAUGUUUAUAGCCUAGGUUCUAUGCCCAUAAUUAAGUUUAAGUUCUGCCUUCUAGAAAGGCCAUUCAAUGAUGUUGAACCAGACAUUUCCAAAUUCUACAAGCCAAUAAACCCCACAGAUAUCCUAAGAUAUCCACAGAUAUCCUAGGAUAUUCAAAGAUAUCCUAUCCCUAUCUCUCUCUCUCUCUCUCUCUCUCUCUCUCUCUCUCUCUCUCUCUCUCUCUCUGGCAAAGACUUACUAAGUAUCGAGCCCUGAUUGGCCUAGAACUCUUUGUGUAGAAAAAGUAUUCCUGGAACUCACAAAGAUCUGCCUUCCUCCAUGUAUUGGGAUUAAAGGUGCGUGCGACCAUGGCCUCACCAAGCGUUUACAUUUUACAGUAAACAAAAAGACAGUACUGUUAAGACUCUGUGUUUCUUUAAGAAAGACUAGAGAGGCUAGAGAGUUGGUUGGGCAGUGGUCAGGAAGCUUGCAACCACCAGAUAAUUCCGGUUCCUGAGGACUGAAGCUUAUGUCUAUAUACAUAGACAUAAUUAAAAUAAAUCUCUUUCAAAUUUUUAAGGCCACAAUCAUUUUGGUUUUGACAUUCAUAUGUAGAAAGAAAAUUAUUUCCUGAGUGAUAGAUGGCAUUGUUCAGUAACUUCCAGGUUUCUUAGUGUUCCCCAUUUCUUCUGGACAGUGUGCUCCAGGACUAUUUAUGAUCAGACUUGUCCCACUCUCUUCUGCCCAUUUUUGCAUGCUUGCAUACGAUCCUUUUAUUCAUUAGGUUUAGAAUUUAUAAACCUCUUUAAGUUCAUUUAUGAUAUGCUAAUAGCAAACCAUAAAAUUAAAAAUAAACAGAGGGCCCAUGAGAUGGCUCCUCUAAAAUGCUUUUGCUUCAAGCCUGUUGGAGUCACUUUGCCCCCUGCGGCUCACAAUGGAAGGAGAGAACUGACUCCACAGCCUUCUGUGACUCUCUUCUGAUGUCCUCACACAUGCCGUGCUUUGCCACACAGAAAGACAUAUUUAAAAAAAAACAUUAAAAAUUUAAAAGCAAACACAAAAAGAAACAAAUCAACUUUACUGUUUCUCUUACACGUGAGUUGAGAAGAGACAUCACUACUUCUAAUGAGUAAGUCUUUCUAAGGGAAACUGACCAGAAGAAAAUGACACAGAAGGACAGAUCAUUGUCAGAGCAGCAUGGCGUACUUAGUAAGUGAAUACCCACUUUAAGCUCAAAUAGCUUCUCUAAGAACUUGGAACAUAGUGGGUAUUUACAAGAGGUCUGUUUGGAAGUAGCCACAUAAGACGUUUAGCCUUCUCCCAACAGUGAUCCUGGUGUGUGGAUCCCGGGGUGUGCUUGAAUAUAGGUGUUGCCGCAUGGGACCAUGACAAAGGUGCCCACUGCCCACUGAUCUUCAAGCCAUCUUGGUAACUAGAUUUCCUUUUUGGUAAUACUCCUGUCUUUCAGAAGAGUAAAUGAUCUUUUGUUGGCCCAUAGUUCAAAUAGAGACCUAGCGAGGAAACCUUUUCCUUGGUUUAUCUCAUUUCGUGCAAAUCCAAGGGGAACACAGGAGAUAGUGUAGAGAUUGAGGUGAAGGUCUCUGUAAAGUGCCUAUAAAAGAGAGUCCAAGUCACUCAAGGAUGUGUGGUACUCCCCUGCCAGGAGGCUCGAGCUCAAACACAUGUGGGCAGUUUAUGUACUUCACCUAAUUACAUGGUGUCUGACAGAUUCGGUUACUACAGUUAUUAGGGUGCUGAAGGCUGAAUGCAUGAACUUUCACAUGCAAGGGAACUACUUUUUCUCUGAGCCACAGGUCCAGCCAGAGUUAAGUAUGGAGGCUUUGUUUGUGAGGUUUGGAGCAGGCACGGUGGCAGGGACCAAAGUUGGACGAUUACAUUAUAUGCUCAGUCAGGAAGCAGAGACUGAACAAGAAGCCAUCUCACCCUCUCCUAAAGAACCUCAAGGUCAGUCCUUCCCUCCAGCAAGGCUAUUCCUCCAACAGUUUCCACACACAACAUCACCAGCCAGAGACCGAGUGUUGAAGCAUUUAAGUCUAGGAGGUGGAAGGGCUUGCAUUCACACCCCAGCAGGAGACACUGGGACAACUGACAUCUUCCAUUGCUCUGUUCAGGUAUGCGGUCUCUUGAUAAUGCCUGACAAACCAGCAUGUUUCCUACUCUAGCUGAGAACCCUCUUACAGUUUGGACGUGUGCUCCCGUUAAAGCUACCUCGAUUGUUCAAAGUACAACUUUAUUUCUGGCUCUUAAUUGAUAAGAGAAUAGGACAUCUCCAUAUGCUCUCAUCACAGGAGAACCUUUUGAUUUCCCAUAAGCAACUUGCAAGUCCAUACGAUCAGAAAUCAGGCCUAAUUAUUAUAUCUUUAUUUUUUUAUACUUCUAAUUGAUGUUUGUCACCGUGUUACAUAAGCACAUUUGGCUCUCCAUGAUUGUAGUUCCCUAGCCAGACUUUCAUUGAGACUAGUAGACGUUUUCUGAAAAAUUUCAAAGAAUGUGAAUUCUGGGCAGUGUGCGGCUCCUGAGAGAGUACAGGAUGCUGAAGAGCAGGCGGGUAUCCCUGCGGUGUCUUCUUUAUGAACUACCUAUGCCUCUUCCAAUCAAAUCUUACACAUUACCUUAGUGCGAAUCAACAUCUGGGUUGUAGACAUAUAACAUGUAAUGCCCUGAAGCCGCCUUGGCUGCAGGAGUCCAAACUGAAAUGAGCAGUAACUACCCUGGCUGUAACGGUCUGACCAGUGUGUCACACUCAGCCAUACUUUGACUUUAGUCAGGGUCUGAGCUUGUAUUUUAUCCAGCCUGUACUGUCUAGUAUUCUGUUAUUAUAGUAAUGUUUCAUACUCUGUAUGAUUUAUGGCCGUGACUUUGUUGUCUUGGGCAGUGACUCAUAGAGAAUGCUACUCCUGAACUGAAGUGCAUUCUAUCCACAAGCAGUAGCUUUUAGAUUAUGGUCUGGGCAAAGCAUCGUUUUGUAUUUUUUUAAUGACAGUCAUUUGAGUUAGGGGUGUACAUGUGCGCAUGUGUAGAGGUCAGAGGACAGCUUUUAGGAGUCGUUCUCCUCCUUUUACCAUGAGGAUAAAGGACUCAUAUUCAUUGGGUAAAAGUCGUAUAUCAUAUCGGCUGUCAGUCUUGGCAGUAAGUACUUUGAGCCACCAAAUCGUCUCCCUGGGUACCAUUCUUUGGAGUAUCGAAGAGUUACAAAACAGUGUAGGAGCCAAGGCUGUGCACCGAAGGAUUCAGUUGUCUGGUUGAGACUCUUGGUUUAACCUCAAUAGGAAUAACUGCUUCUAGUUCUUUUCUUCUAAUUCAGUUCUCUUUAUAGGGAGUGACAAAGCCAUCGUUUUCUCUAAGCACAUUGUAGACUCUAAGGCUGCAAAGAGCAUCAGGAUGAAAUUCGAUGGCACUUUUGGAUAAACCAUUUAGUCAGCAAGGGCUACCUUUUGGCAUUCGGGUACUCUCAUCUUUUACUUUAAUAAACUAAUCUUUUAUUUUAAAAAACACUAUGUAAGACGAUAUAGGUUUAUUGAGGACCAGUGAUAUGGUUCAGCAAGUAAAAGUACCAGUUGACAAGCCUGACAACUUGAGUUCAGUAGUGGGGACCCUCAUGGCGGAGGAGAAAAACAGUUGUACAAGGUGUCCUCCAACUACCACACGCACAGCAGGGCAUGUUUUUGUGCACAUGCACCCACACAAAAUAAAUAACUGGGUAAAACAUGUCUGUUGUACAAAAUAUUAACGUUAGCAUGUAGGAAUGAGCAGUCUUAAUAUUUUGGCUACUGGAAGUGUAUCUAGAAUUAGAUGUAUAAUUUUCUGGCUGUUUAUACAGACGUAGAUACAUAGAUUCAGUUUUAUGAUUUCCUGUAUAUGCUCUUUAGAAGUUACCUUUAUCAACUAACAUAUUGUAAACACAUUUCCCAAUAUACUAGAAAUAUAUUUGUUCAAAUCAUUGGUUACCUUUUCUUAACAAUUUUUGUGAAGUGAGCUUCAAAUUGGAUGGACUUUUAAGCCUUUGAAUAUGUAUUUGACAAAUUAUUCCCUGAAAAUUAGUUUCUAAUCCUGGCAACAGUACAGUGCUUUUAGAAUCCAGAUGAAAAAUUAAGUAAAUAGUUUUUUUAAAGUUUUUCCCAAGCCAGUGAGAUUGCUCGGUUGAGUUUGGGUCACCAGUAUCCACAUAAAAGUGGUCUAGAAUUAGAUACGUUUAGUGGCUUUACCCCUAGUGCUGGGGAAAAAUACUUUUUCUGGGGCCUGUUAGUCAUCCAGCCUACCCAAGUUGAUGAGUUUUGAUUUUGGUGAGAGAUCAUGUCUCAAAAAAUGUAAUGAGGAAGACAUUCAGUGUUUAUCACUGGCCUCUGCACGUAGGCACCCACACAUGCACACAUCUAUAUACAAUCAUUCGCACCCACACUCCUAUCCCCAAACCCAAGUUAAGAAAUAGCUCAUACGGUCGCUAUAGGCUGUUGGACCUCAUAGUGACUGUGGUGCUUAAAGAACAGAUGGUCCUUUUCCUCUGCUGUGUCCUCUUCCCAAAGGAAUGCAGACAGUUACGCCAUACAGACAUCUUCCUUUACGGGCUGGGUGUGGCAGUCACGUGAUCACAGCUUUAUUUCCACACUUAAAGAUCUUCAGACUUGUCAAGGCAUGCGUGCUGUUUCCCAGUGAGACACAGCACGCUUGAGCGUUUUAAACAGCUCUCUCUCUCAGUUGUGCUUUCAAAAGUGUUUGAAAUCACACUUGAAGGAAACUGAAAGAAAAAGUAAAAUUUCCCUUUAUAAAAAGAGGUCGUUUUGAAUUUGAAUUCCAAAGCAGUUGGGUUUGUGAUUUGAAGCAAUUAAUAGCCCAACCAGAAGAUUGAAAAUGGGGAUUUGGGCUGGAUAUUUCAUUAAAGAAUUAAGUUUUUAAUAACAGUUAUUGUGGAAUCUAUGCAGGUGAUUGUAAAUUACAUCGAGCUUUAUCAGUGUCGGUCGUGGAAGUUCAAAAGAGAAAGCAGAUCCGGCGUCUUGUCUCUGCAGAGUUUACAAGCACUGAGAAAGGAGAAAUCCAGAGAUGCUGCUCGCUCCCGCCGGGGAAAAGAAAACUUUGAGUUCUAUGAAUUGGCCAAGCUGUUGCCUCUUCCUGCCGCCAUCACCAGCCAGCUCGACAAGGCGUCCAUCAUUCGACUUACAAUUAGUUAUCUCAAGAUGAGGGACUUUGCCAACCAAGGGGACCCUCCAUGGAAUCUGAGGAUGGAAGGCCCUCCACCAAACACCUCUGUAAAAGGGAUUCAAAUGUGGAAAUCUGAACUCUGCAUGAGAAAGACACCAUGUGAAGUUAUAGGUGCACAACGAAGGCGGAGCCCGAGUGCACUGGCCAUUGAAGUAUUUGAAGCACAUUUGGGAAGCCACAUUUUGCAGUCCCUGGAUGGCUUCGUAUUUGCACUAAAUCAAGAAGGAAAAUUUUUGUACAUUUCUGAAACCGUCUCUAUCUACCUAGGCCUCUCACAAGUGGAGCUGACAGGCAGCAGCGUCUUUGACUAUGUCCACCCUGGGGACCACGUGGAGAUGGCAGAGCAGCUGGGCAUGAAGCUCCCGCCUGGGCGGGGCCUCCUCUCGCAGGGCACCACAGAGGACGCGGCCAGUUCGGCAUCUUCCUCCUCUCAGUCAGAGACCCCUGAGCCAGUGGAGACAACCAGCCCCGGUCUGCUAACUACUGACAACACCCUUGAACGGUCCUUUUUCAUCCGAAUGAAAUCUACUCUGACCAAACGCGGAGUGCACAUCAAGUCGUCGGGAUAUAAGGUGAUCCACAUAACAGGCCGGCUUCGCCUCAGAGUGUCGCUGUCCCACGGGAGGACCGUCCCCAGCCAAAUCAUGGGUCUCGUGGUUGUGGCUCAUGCCUUGCCUCCCCCUACGAUCAAUGAAGUCAGAAUUGACUGCCAUAUGUUCGUCACUCGAGUAAACAUGGACCUCAAUAUCAUUUACUGUGAAAAUAGGAUUACUGACUACAUGGAUCUGACUCCUGUAGACAUCGUAGGGAAAAGAUGCUACCACUUCAUCCAUGCCGAAGACGUGGAAGGCAUCAGGCACAGUCACCUGGACUUGCUGAAUAAGGGUCAGUGUGUGACCAAGUACUAUCGCUGGAUGCAGAAGAAUGGAGGUUACAUCUGGAUACAGUCUAGCGCCACCAUAGCCAUUAAUGCGAAGAACGCGAAUGAGAAGAACAUCAUCUGGGUGAAUUAUCUUCUCAGCAAUCCAGAGUACAAGGACACACCCAUGGACAUUGCGCAACUCCCACAUUUGCCAGAGAAAGCUUCAGAAUCCUCAGAGACAUCCGACUCAGAGUCAGACUCUAAAGACACCUCAGGUAUUACAGAGGACAACGAGAACUCCAAGUCCGACGAGAAGGGCAAUCAGUCCGAAAACAGCGAAGAUCCAGAGCCUGACCGCAAGAAGUCAGGCAGCGCGUGCGACAACGACAUGAACUGCAACGACGACGGUCACAGCUCCAGCAACCCGGACAGCCGUGACAGCGACGACAGCUUCGAGCACUCGGACUUUGAACACCCCAAGGCGGCCGAGGACGGCUUCGGCGCGCUGGGCUCCAUGCAGAUCAAAGUGGAGCGCUACGUGGAGAGCGAGGCAGAUCUGCGGCUGCAGCCCUGCGAGUCCCUCACGUCGGACAGCGCCAAGGACUCAGACAGCGCGACAGAGGCGGGCGCGCAGGCGUCCAGCAAGCACCAGAAGCGCAAGCGGCGGCGGAAACGGCAGAAGGGCGGCAGCACCAGUCGCCGGCGCCUGUCCAGCGCGUCCAGCCCAGGCCUGGACGCCGGUCUUGUGGAGCCUCCGCGGCUGCUGUCUUCGCCGCACAGCGCUUCGGUGCUCAAGAUCAAGACAGAGAUCGCCGAACCCAUCAACUUCGACAACGACAGCAGCAUCUGGAACUACCCACCCAACCGGGAGAUCUCCAGGAACGAGUCCCCAUACAGCAUGACCAAGCCCCCCACCUCCGAGCACUUCCCAUCCCCCCAGGGCCAGGGAGGCAGCAGCGGAGGCGGGGGAGCGCUACACGUGACCAUCCCCGACUCGGUCCUCACCCCACCGGGCGCUGAUGGCACUGCUGGCCGCAAGACUCAGUUCAGCGGAACAGCCCCGGUGGCCUCUGAUCCACUGUCGCCCCCGCUCUCGGCGUCCCCGCGGGACAAGCACCCUGGAGGCGGGGCGGGGAGUGGUGGGAGUGGCCCUGGUACGUCCAACUCCUUGCUGUACACUGGGGACCUGGAGGCUCUGCAGAGGUUGCAAGCGGGCAAUGUCGUGCUUCCGCUGGUACACCGGGUGACCGGGACCCUGGCGGCCACCAGCACAGCCGCACAGAGGGUCUACACCACAGGCACCAUCCGCUACGCACCGGCUGAGGUGACCCUGGCCAUGCAGGGCAACCUGCUACCCAAUGCGCAUGCUGUUAACUUCGUGGACGUUAACAGCCCAGGCUUCGGCCUCGACCCCAAGACGCCCAUGGAGAUGCUCUACCACCACGUGCACCGACUCAACAUGUCAGGACCAUUUGGCAGCGCCGUGAGCGCGGCCAGCCUCACACAGAUGCCAGGUGGCAACGUGUUCACCACGGCUGAGGGACUCUUCUCCACGCUGCCCUUCCCGGUCUACAGCAACGGAAUCCACGCGGCACAGACUCUGGAGCGCAAGGAGGACUGAGCGGGCCCCACUCAGGAGGCAUCGUCGUUUUCGUUUAGACCUUUCAUUCUAGCACUUUGAAUUUGAGCUGGCCAGCGUCUUCUCGCAACACGGUGGCCCCAUUCCACCCCCCUCUUUCUUUCAGUGGACUUAUUCUUUCUUGUAAAGACGUUUAUUUUUUGCCUUCAGAGGGUCAGAUGACCGGUUGCCUGCCAUUUUGUCUUCUAAGAUGUGUGUUGGGUUGUUUGGCUUUCCUUUGCAUCUUUAUUAAGAUGUCUUUAAUGUGUAUAUGCCUCUGCCAUAGAAUACUCAGUCUUGUGGUCAAGAGAUUUCUCAAGUGACAACCAUUGGGUUUUUCUUCCUAAAGAUCUUGAUAUGAUCAAGAUGGAAAGACAAGCAUAAAUGAUUGUGCCCUGUUUGACUAAGUCAAAUGAAAUGGGGUGGGUGGUUUUUUUGUUUUCCUGUUCCUAAUUCCUUUGAAAAUAGGGAAAUAGUAUUUUAGAAUUUUAUGCAGAAUUUAAUUCUUUUUAUGAUUAAGAUUUUAAGAUUUUUCUUACUUGCACAUAAAAUAAUUUGGGUUCUUAAACUUAAUUUCUGGCCUGUGACUAGAAUUUUUUUUUUAAAAAAAAAAAACAAAGUUGGACUAAGUGUUAAUUACUGAAACAUUAACUUAAUUUCUAAAACCAUGGUGCUAUCAUUUAUUAAUCUAUAAUGUCUUCAUACAAAAUACAGCUCCCGGGCUGGAUUUUGGAAAAGAAAAUGUGUUCUGUCCUGGUCUGGAGUCCCGUUGCUACAGUCAGUCUCCUUGGUUAGUUAAGACAGAGCCCUCAUUAACAUUUGCUGCAGAACUUAAAAAGUUGUUUUACCUCCCAACUAACAAACAUAGCCUCACUUUCAAUUUUAUGGGUCAGUAAAGCCCUGUUCAAAGGGGGCUUUCGGACAACUCAGACUGAUCUGAGGAACAGUUGAAGUACAUACUGCCAUUUUUGAGAUUCUUUUUUCCUUACUCAGUCUAACUGAGGCUGAUUUUUCACAACUUCAGUAACACUUCAGAGUAAAAGGAGGAGGAGAAAUAUUUAACACGCUCUUUGUUUAUUUGGGGUUUUUUGUUUGUUUGUUUGUUUCUAUUUCUGCUAAGAAAAAAACAGGUUGUAUUGGGGGGGGGAGUGCUGAUUUGAUGGAAUUUAUUUCCCUUUGAUUCUUAUUUGAGUUGAAACCAACAAGUUUUUAAAACUAAAGAAUGGGUUAAUAAGCUUCAGACAGAUUAACUGCAACUGAAAACCGCACAUUCAAUGAAAAAAGAGAAAAAAAGGAAAAAAGAAAAAGGAAAAGAAAAAAGAGCCUAUUUUGUCUUCGUUGCCAGAAAUCAGUGUGGUGUCAAACACUCCAAGUGACUGUCCAGUGUCGACUCUUCUCCCACUUCAUUUAUGGCAGCAUCCAAUCCCAGAUGUGAGAACUGUGACGUGUGCAGCGUGUAGUGUCCUUGGCCGUGGGUCCCAUUGCAGUUUCUGUGUGUUCCUAUAUGCAGUGUAUGCUAAGCUACUGUAGUCGUUUUGUCCCCGUCUUCUCCGUGCUCUGUCUCUAGUGGAGUGGCACAGUCCCAUUCCUGCAGUCCUAGUGAAUCGGUGACUCUUGGGGGUUAGUGGGUUUGUGUGGUGGCCUUUCCCUGUGAUGUCACCCAUAUGCUUCUAUUGUCUGCGAAUCCUGUCUUACUUUUCCAAAUCACUGCUGUUUCCUUUGCUGUUGUAUACUCUCCCUGCCUCCCCUGGUCUUUCCCUGUCUCCCCUUUCUCUCCUCUGCUUCCCUUCCCUGAUACCCCAAAUCUAUGUCAUUCUCAGAGAUAAAAAAGAAAAAAAAAGACUCUUAACUAGCUCAAGGUUAAUGGAGCCAUCUUUCCCACAACGGAAUUCUGGGUCUGACUUUCUCUGUGGAGUACUACACAGCACUGAAGAAUAAUGCUCAGAUAUAUUGACUAAAUUGAUGCCAUGCAGCCUCAGCUGUUAACAUUCCCAGAGUCCCUUGUGCUCUACCUAUAAGCAGUGGGUGCUUUUCUUUGCUUUUCUUUCAGGUUGGCUGAUGGAGCAGUAUAUAAAGCAAUUACCAGUUAAACAGAAAAUUAUUUCAAAGGCCAACAUUUUUUUAAACAAAAUGGGAGGGGUUAAUGGAAUAUAGAAUUGUCAUAUAUAUUUGUUUAUUCGUGCAAUGCUAAUAUAGUAACUCAGCUGUCCUUUGACUUGUCACUGUGCUGAGUGGAUUCCUCUAGAACUCUGGAUUCCAUUGAUUGGGCCCAGGCCACGGUGGAAUAAUAACAGAGGGAAGUUAAAUGCCACAGAGCUUAGCACUGAGCUUCCUUGAAGGACUUAAAUCAGUUUAGAAGAUGAAGAAAGCCGAUGGAGAAAUUUAAAGAUUAGUUUUGGAAGCUGUACUCUAGCUAUCGAACAAUCAAGGGAAUGCACCUAUCAGCUACAAAGAACAGCCAGACAGCUGGGUUUUCCUUUCCUUUUAUAAAUGUUUCUGUGUUGUGUCAAAAUGAUUUCUGGUGAUUUAAACUAACAGAUAAUCACAGCCGCUGUCCAAAUCCAUAGUGUUUAAAAAUUACAAAAUGAAAAAAAAAAACCACUUCAUUACCUGUGAAGACUGUGUCUGUGUUUUUAACUAUUUCUUGUACAAAUAUAUGAAAACUUUUAUGAGGAGACUGGUGCCACGUAGCUGAAUAAUGGGGAAAGGGAUCUUCUGUUCGUAAAAACCUUAGCAGUGUUACCAACUCUACAGUAUAUAUAUAAAAAUAAUUAAAACGUUACAAAGCGACAGCUAUGCUACAUUUGUUUUGUGUGAAUCUAACCGGACUUAACCUCCUGAGUGCCUGGCUUAUUUUGAAACAUUCUUUUCAUUGACCAUUGAUAAUGCUGCAAAUCAGAAAUGUACAUACUUCAUUUACAACAGGGUUCUUUUUAUACUUUUGUAGAUUCUCAUACAUGUCACACACAUGGUUGUCUUUAUGUAACUUAAUUUUUUUCAUCUGCAGGUGCCAUUUUCAUAAUAAACUUCUCUUGGAUUUGUUA